AUGUCUGACCAAAUCUCAGUUGCCUUUGUUUGCCUCGGCAAUAUCUGUCGCUCUCCCAUGGCUGAAGCCGUCUUUAAGCAUACCGUCAAGACCCGCAAUCUUGACGACCAGUUCGACACCAUCACCUCCUUCGGUACUGCAGCUUACCACGUUGGCGAGGACCCGGAUUACCGCUCCACCCAGGUGUGCCGUAAGAAUGGUGUCCCAGUUUCCCACGCAGCCCAGCAAAUCAAGUCUGCUCACUUCUCUCAGUUCGAUUACAUUCUUGCCAUGGACCGCGAGAAUCUUCGUAACCUUUCCCGAAUCCAGCCUAAAAACUCUCGCGCAAAAGUCCUCCUCUUUGGCGAGUACCGUGAAGACACCCAAUUCAACGUCAUUGUCAGCGACCCUUACUACGGCGGCGUCGAUGGUUUCGAAACAAACUUCCGCCAGCUCUCACACUUCUCGGAAACUUUCCUGGACCGUGAAAUUGCUAAAUCCUAA